AUGGAUACUUUUAGACCUUGUUGGGAUGACGCCAGUGACGAACGACUAUUUACAAGAUCCUUUUAUAGGAUCUUAUCUAAAUGAUUUUAUAUUUUUUUAAAUUCAGAGAUUUGUCGGACAAUUGAAUAAGAUUCAAAACAAAUGAAUCAGUAACAUUCUUACUGACUUAAAACACUUUAGGACCACUUUCAUUUCGAAUGGAUCACUUAUAUGUCGACUAUAGUGAACGGACUAAAUAUAUAGAUACCAUCAUGUUAAAUACAUAAUUAGAUUUUUAUUCUAUAAGAUUAAACUUAAAAAAAGUGCAAAAAUCUUCUAUUUUCUGUAACAUUAAUAAAUAUUCUAAUUCGAUAUUUCCUAUACAUCAUAUUACAUAUUUCAUAUAUUAAACUAACCUCAAAUUGAAGUGCGUUUCAUUGGGUAGUCUCCCGCGUUUUCGCUUAAAAUGUUAAGUAAUGAAUCUUAUGAUGAAACAAAUCCAGAUUAUGAUGAUGAAAAUAAAAUUGAUGAACAAUUAGAACAGAAAAUAUGCAUUACAAAUUUAUGUAUACCUAAGGUCGAACCUUGUUAUCUUAAUGUAUCUAGAUCAAGUGAAGAUACAUUGAGUACUAGCGAAUUAAUGACAUCAUCAAUCCCUUAUAGUGUACCAUAUAAAAUUAAGGAUCCUAUUGUGUUACUUGAAAGGUGUGAUAAAAUAUGGGAAACAUUGCAGCUGAUAAAAAAUGCUCAAGAUAAUUCAUCCAGUGAAUUAUUACCAAAACAGACAAAUUCAAAAUCAUAUAUUAAAUACCACCCAGUGUUAUCUAAUGACAAUGCUGCAUUACCAAAUUUUGUAUUUUCAGUAAAAACUACUAAGAAAUUAUUUCAGUGUCCAACUUGUGGAAAACUUUAUACAAAACAUUUAACUUUGAGACAGCAUGCAGAGAAAGUACAUAGGAUUUUUAUGAAUCCACUGCGAAAUAAGCAUUGUGAUAUAAAUCUAAGAAGUAUUGAUAAAGAGGGGGACAGAGAAAGAAGGAAAAGAAAAGAAUGUGAAAGACAAACAGAGAGAGAGUCUAAUGUGAUUGAGAAAGAAAAAAAGGAUAAUGAACAAGUUUAUUCAAAGAGAAAUGAAAAUAUAUUUACAGAUUCUUUAUCACGAUCUACAAUAGUAUCUUCAACAGAGCAGAAUAUAUUUAAUCAUAAGAGAUUAAAAACAAGAACAAGUGUUUUAGUUCAUCCUAACAACAAUAUAAAUGAGACUGAAAUUUCACAUAAGAAAGAAGAGAAAAGAAUAUCAGGUGCAAAUUUACAGCAGAAUGAGAAACAAACUUCUUUACAUCAUGACUUAGCAUUGGUGACAUGUUUAUUAUGUAAGCAAGGAGUAAAGAAUAUUGGAAAACAUUUGAUUGAUUAUCAUAAAAUUGAAUAUUCUGAUUUCAUGAGAGAAUUGGAAAAAUCAUCUUCUAGGUCAGAAUUUGAAGAACUAAAUAGCUCGAUUGUCAGCAAUAAAUCUUUGAAGGAACGUGGAACUGUUCAAAAGUAUUCUCCUGUUCAAGAAAAAGAGAAACGAAAAUCAAGUAUAUCACCUGUAGAUUCGACAAAGAAACGUAAAAUCGAUAAUAAUGGUACAUUAAAGGUACCAAGCGUAUGGCAAAAUAAUAAGAGACAAUGUGAUAUUUGUCUUGGAGUUUACUCUAGAAACAGUUUCUAUAAGCAUGUAAAUCGUCAUCGUCUUCGUGGAGAAACGAAAGAAAAUAUGCAGUUGCUUAACAGCAGAUGUUCAAAAUCUACACCUGGAUUAAAACAGAAGGAAAGUUUAACUUUAAACAAGGAUAAAUACAGUUCAAGUUCAUCUAAGAAAAAAGAAGUAAAAGGACAAGCACUUCAAAACUUGAAUAAGGAGAAACAAGGAUGUAAUACAACCAGUAAUGACAACUACGAAACUCGAUGUUCUUGUGGAAAACUGUUCAAUACUCCUCAAGGAUUAGCUAUGCAUAAAAGAAGUUGUACUUUGAAAAUUAAUAAAAUAUCUACUGUGGAAAAUAACUUAGAUGAAUCAAUUCUACAUGAUAAACAACAAGGUAAUAAAGAUUCCAGUCCUGGGAUUAAUAUAACGAUAAAGAAAAAGAAUAAUUCUUAUGAAAUUGUUGGUAAAGAUAGUGAAAACGAAAGCAAUUUACAGGGUUCCAGCCAAUCAAAAAACACUGAAAAAUCAGAUAUUUCUCGAAAUAUUGACCAAAUAAAAUCACCUGUUCAAUCACCUGAUCUAGCAUCAUCUAAAUAUAGUAAAUAUCAUAGUAUUGUAAAAAUACAGGUCGUUGAAGAAGACGUCGAUAUUGAUAUUGAAAAUGAACUGCAGACUAAGUCGUGUAAUAAUAACAUUACUGAAAUGAAUGAAUUGGUAAAUGAUCUUCAUAAAGAAGAAAAAAAUACAGAAAAAGUAAGCACACUACAAAGUAAAGAAGUUAAUUCAAAUUGGACUCGUGAGAGAAUUCUGGAAAUGAAACAAGUUAAUACUAAUAAAUUUAAUAUGGCUAAGAAAUAUAUUUGUGUAUGUGGAAAUAAAUUUUACAACAAAAAAGCUUUGGAUGUUCAUAUUGAUAAACAUCAAACAAAUUCAGAAUUAAGGUGUGCUUAUUGUAAAAAGAAUUUUGUUGAUAUCAAUGUAUGGAACAAACAUGAAUGUUCUGUUACAUGCUGCAAGAAAUUUAUUGAUUUGCCAACAGAAAUACAUUGUUAUUAUUGUAGCACUAUUGCUACAACACAAAAACAGUUUGAUGACCAUAUAAGGCUCAAACAUUUUGAUACUGUAAUGCCAUAUCAAUGUUUUGGAUGUUGUGAACGUUUCCCUACUGCCGCAUUACGAAAAUUACACUUUAAUGCAGAACAUGCAAUAAUUAUUUGUUCUAUUUGUCAAAGAAAGAUUCCAAAUUGGAGUAAUGCAAAGUCUAAGCAUGAAGGAUAUCACUAUGGACUUGGAUAUCCUUGUCAUGUAUGCAAGAAAACUUAUUCCAGUCAAAAUAGUUUAUCGAGGCACAAGAUUAAUGUACAUUCUAAGACAGUAAAUGAGAUAAUGAAUUCCAGUGAACCGUUUUUUAUAAAUUCUAAAAUUCAGUCCUUAGAUGCAAAGAAACAAUUGGGUAAAAAAUCAUUAACGCACCUUAGCAAAGAUAUUGAGUUAGAGAGUUAGAAUACAUCUAUAAAGAGUAACAAUUGCAUUAGAAUCAGUUGAAACAGGAUUUAUAUUUUAUUUGUAUGUUUUCUUAUUAAAAAUAAAAAAUCAUAUUUUUUUUACAUAA